UUCGUUCCAUUCUAGUGUACCCGAAUAAACGGAGUGAGAAGAGAGCGUGUAUUGUGUUUUCCAAUCGUUCGAGCGCUGUUUUUAUGGAGGAUUUUCCAAUGCGUUCGUUGCUGUUGUUGUUUGUCAUUCUAUUCUGCAUCUAAUUAUUAACUACUCUCGGAUUCAAACUUUUAUGUAACUCGAAAUUAAAAAAUAUAUGCUUCCAAAUAAAAGAUAAAACAUUACAAAUAAAAAUGAAUGUAGACAUGGCUCAAAAUUGCGACUAAGUAGAAUUUUAAAACAACAUCUGGGAUUUCCGUCAUAUAACUCAAAAACAGGCGAAAUUAAAUGAAGGAAAAAUAAAAGUUUUUGCGUCGGAAAGCGAGAAAAAGUGUUUUUAGUGAAUCAGUAAUUUUGCAUUUGUAUUUGUUGUUAAUUUAUUGCUAAAACUAAACAAGAAUUUGAAACAGAAUGAGAAGAAUUGUAAUUUUUUAAUACCUUUUUGCCCAAAAUGACAUUGUGAAGCUGUUACAGUGGAUGAUCAUCGAGAAAAACUACGGAUAUCUUCUGUUCGAUUUCAUUUUUUCUCGUUUUAUAAUAGGGAGUUUCACAACAGGGAUAAUAUAAAACAGGAAUACAUAUCUCCAUACUAUCAAGAAUUUUCAAGCGAAACUAUUAGUUUGUGCUCUAAAAUAUUCUUGUGCUAAUCAUGUGUGACGGGUGAAGGAAAAUUAUUCGUUCGUAAGCGGUGGCAAUGUUGCCAAAAGAAUUGCUUCUUCUGGGACGACUGAUCAUUGUUAUGGGAUGUUUCCAUCAAGCGACUACUUUGGGUCCGGCUCCGGAGAAGACGGUCCGUGUGGGCGAGAGCGUCAGCAUCCCGUGUCCGCUCUCGACGCCCGGCGGCUCCGUCCAGUGGCUGCAGAACGGACAGCCGAUCGUCCUGGAUCCGAGCGCCUCAAAGCGACGCCACUGGAACAUCCACCCGGACGGAACGGCCGCACUGACGAUCGGAGACGCACGGAGGUCGGACGCCGGGCGAUGGGAGUGUCGGGAGCUGGCUGCGGACGGGACGGUCAGGAGCAUGGUCAAGGUGCUCGACCUCGUCGUUGGCAGUCUUUCCUCUUCAGGAUCCCCGACUGAUCCCUACCUGGAGCUUGAAGGCCGGAAGUUAGUGCAUCAGGCUACUGUGACUGUCCGGGAGCCUCAGAAGCUGUCCAUCCACUGCGUAGUUUCUGGAGCAAUUCCACCGGUUAGGAGGAUACAUUGGUCCAUAGGGGAAGCCAAUCUUACUUCGGUGAGUGAACUGUUCGUCGAAUUCUCAGCUGAAGACGACGCAUACACUAGUCGAAGCGUACUGGCUCUCAAUAUCACCCGAAGGGUUCAUGGCAAAGAGCUAGUGUGUAAAGUACAUCAUGUAACGUGGCUUCAAGCAGCCGCUGUCAGCGCAGCACUCAAUGUUUUGUAUGACCCUUCUUUUUCCAUUUCACGGGAGCCGGGUUUCGGCUUCCCCCUUGUGGAAGGCAUGAGAGUGUCUUUGCGGUGCGAAGUGGACGCCAACCCUCAGAGCGAGCCCGUGUGGGUGAAGGAUGAUGGCCCACUAACAGUCCAGCAGGACAAGUUGGGCUUUCUCAAUUUCUCUGCCAUCGGACACCAGCACGCCGGAUGGUAUAGGUGUACGACGCACCACGAAUUCGGCUUUUUUGCCUCCUUUGGUUACUUCCUUAACGUCCGAACCGCCGAAUUACCCGUAUCUACGGCUUCAGGAGCUAAUAUACCAGCUGGCCUGGGACAAUCUGUAAAUUUAGGAUGCAUUUCUGAUGGUCGCCCAGAGGUGACAGCUGUAAACAAAUCCCUUAUGACGAUUGCCGGAAAAUCUGCGCUCUUAGCAGGACAACUUUGUUCCACACCACGCCCAAUGAGAGUGCUAUGGAUUUUGCGCCACCUGGUGCUUAAUCCGGGUGAUAUACGACAUCCUUAUAUAGCUUACAAUCUCACAGAGACGGAGAUUCCGGACUGCUGGAUGGCUGGUCUGGAGCUGCGUCGAGUCCAAAUUGAGGACUCCGGAGAGGUUCUUCUGAUAGUGAAGAACGCGCAUGGCAUCGCUGAUGCACAUUUCCUCCUCAACAUCACAAGAGCCUCUUCCUACUCUUCCAACUCCUCAUCCUCACCUCUGGCGACGUCAGGCUGGUUCGGCUGGCAUCUUGUGGCCUUCCUGUCUCCCGCGUGCCUUGUGUGGCUCACAAAUAAAAUUCAACUGGAUGGCAGCUGACCCGCACUGCAGGGCUAAGAACUGGAAAUCGCACCCAUGUGUAAAGCUGUAAUAAUUCCAAGAGUUUUCUGACUUGGAUUCUACCACAAUUAAAUUUAGUGCAAUUCACCAUCUGUAAAGAAUGUAUUUCGAAACUUAGAUUCUUUAUUGUUUUUAUAAGUUUCAUUUACUCUGCGACGAUCAAUCGUAUACUCCUAACUCAAGCAUUACAGUUACAGUGAAAUCGUUUCGAUCUAAAAGUGCCGAAGAACAAGAGCGGUUCAGCAAUGCUUCGAAUUGCACAGACAGUUUUAAAACGUUGUGAUUUUGAAAUAAUCUUUCUAAGUUGUAUAAAGUUUUUGGAACAACACUUUGAAGCCCAGUGUGUGUGCCAAUCCUGAACCUUUUUAUAUUGAUAAAGACUGGUGAAAUGAUGUCACAACUGUUUAGACUUUUCAUGUAAAAAACGAACAAUUGGAAGUUGUAUGUUUAAAGUUACAUCAGUCUUGUCGAAAACCCAUGAUGAAGCUGUGACAUAUGAUUA